AUGGCGGAGGCUCUGGGGCGCUGGCUCCGGGAGGAGAUGCAGCUGCCGCCCUCCGCCGCUCCCUCCCCGGCGGUGCUACGCAGCCCCAAUCUGGGACUUCGUCACCCGCCGCAUCCGGAGCCAGCGAAUCCAAUUGUACGUGCGCUUACAGCUCCCAUCAUCCCCCGCGCCCUUAGAGCCUCAUUCCGAGCCUACAAGUCCCGUCAUGCCCCGCGCGCCCAUAGAACUUUACGGAAUGUGAAGAAGAUUCGAGGAAAUCUGCGGUGGUACAGACACCUGCAGGAGCUGGAGGCCGCGGCCGGUCCUCCGAGCCGCAAGGAGGCGCUGGUCGCGGAGGUGGCGCGGCUCCGGAAGGAGCUGCAGGACCUGGGGGACGCCAUUGAAGACUCACAGGAAGAGGCGCGACGCCUUGAGGCCUCGCUGGAGGAAAGGCAGAGCCGGAGGUGGGCGGAGCUUCGGCGAGGGGCGGAGCUUCGGCUGCUGGCAGCAGAGCCAAGCCCUGAUUGGCUGCGGGGCGGUUACCAGCGGGCCCUCGAGGCCCCCCCACAAAGGCCGGGCCAGUCCCGGGCGGAACUUACGGCCAUCUUGGCCUCGGGGUCGGAACCGGAAGUGCUGGUGUCAAUCAAAGCCCUGUUCAAAGCCCGGGAGGCGGAGCUGCACAGGCCACACCCACCCAGGCAGGGCCAGAAGGUGGCUGACGAUUGGCUGGAGCAAGCACAGGCCGUGCUGAUUGGUCACAGCCCCCAGGCCGUGCUGUGGGCGUUGGAGGUGGCGGCCAAUCAGAGCGUGAGGGAGCUCCUGGUUGGCCCCGCCCCCUUCCCCGAGGCCCCGCCCACCCUGAGGAGCCAGAUCCAGGGGUGCUGGUGGAGCGUGGGGGGGGUCUGGGCCCAGCUCCCCCCCCUCCUGUCCCACCUGGGCCGGCUCAGGCAGCGCCUGCAGCACCUGGAGCAGCACCUGGAGCCACACCUGGGCACGCAGGGGAGCUCCAGCACGGCCAACAGGUAUCCCAGAAUAGUCCCUGAGCAAUCCCCAAAAAAAAUCCCCAAAAAAUCCAGAAAAAAGCCACAAAAAAUCCACAAAAAAUCCACAAAAAAUCCAGAAAAAAAUCCCAAAAUCCGGUGCAAAAAUCCUCAGAUCCUACCCCAAAGUAUCCCCCCAAAAAUAACCCAAAAACCCAGCCAGGUAUCCCAUAAUAAUACCUGAUUUCUCCUAAAUUAUCUCAAAAAAACCCAAAAUCCCAGCCAGGUAUCCCAUAAAAGUUCCUGAUUUACCCCAAAGUUUUCCCCACAAAAUCUCAAAAACUGGUUCACAAAUCCCCAAAUUUUCUGAAAAUUUCCCCCAAAGAAACCUCAGAAUCCCAGCCAGGUAUCCCAUAAUAGUCCCUGAGCAAUCCCCAAAAAGUCCCAAAAUCCAGCAGAAAAAUCCCCAAAUCCUACUUAAGAUUAUUCCCAAAAAAACCCCAAAACCCCAGCCAGGUAUCCCAUAAUAGUCCCUAAUUUAUCCCAAAAUUAUCCCAAAUGAAGCCUCAAAGUCCGAGUCAGGUAUCCCAUAAUAGUCCCUGAGCAAUCCCCAAAAAUCCCCAAAAAAUCCCAAAAUCCUGCCCAAAAUUAUCCCCAAAAAAAUCCCAAAAUCCCAGCCAAGUAUCCCAUAACAGUCCCUGAUUUAUCCAAAAAUUAUCCCAAAAUUAUCCCAAAAAAACUCCUAAAAUCCCAGCCAGGUAUCCCAUAAUAGUC